AGGAGGCUGCAGGAUGCGCUGAGCCGCUCGCUGGAAAGGUACUGCUAUGUGGAUAUUUGUUAGCAAUGACUGAUGUGGAAUCUACAUAUGCAGAUUUUAUUGCUUCAGGAAGAACCGGUAGAAGAAAUGCACUACACGACAUACUUGUGUCCUCCRCGGGUGGGAACUCUAGUGAGCUAGCCUUAAAGUUAUCAGAGCUUGAUAUAAGCAAGACAGAAGGAGAAGGAGAUGCACAAAGAAAUCCAAGUGAGCAAACUGGGGAAACCCAAGGGGAGGCAGCAAAGCAAGAAAGCUGACAUCCGACUUUGACCGACUGGAGCAGCUGCUGGAUGUUUUCGGAGUACAGGAGCAUGCUGGAACGAAUUUGUUUCCAUGAGCAAGAGUAUGGAAAAGAAAGUGCAUGUGUCUUCACUGCUGGAACCCAUUCAACACAAUGUUAAAAAUGGGGGUACAAGCUGUGGCAGAAGACAGAAUUUUCUCUACCUCUGUCAUAAGCAAUGGUUGAACAUGUAUUGAUUUUGGAGAUAGAGUCAUCAGAUGGAUCCCUUCACAAUGACUACUUGGUGGGAACACUUUUAGAAAGUAGAACAGGUAAAUCUUGUAGCAAAUGGCCUUUGAAACGUCAGAGGAUCAGAUAGUGUAACUUAAGUAAAGGCUUGUAUGAUCCUCGGAGUUUAAAAUUCUCUGGCCAAAGUGUUCACCCAUUAAAAGAACUGUAAAGAAAGCACUGUUUUUAAAACUCUGCGUCUGUGUUUUACAGCUCUGUUAUUUACAAUGGUUUUUGUAUUGUACAACUUAGAUGCUCCACACUGCCCCUUCUCAACUGCUUAUGAAGAAUAUUUCUGUUACUGUGAAUUUUUCUACCACUCGUUUUGAAAGGGCUGUUUUUUGCAUAAUGUGGUGAUGUGCUCAUGAUAGAUUUAAAAUGUCAACAGCUAAAUUACUUAUGCCUAAACAUAAAUGACUCAGCAAAACUCUAAUUUGUUACUAGAUGAGCCUUCAAAACGAUUCAUUAAUGUGAAUAUUUGGUGUGUUUUGUGUCCUUGGUACAGUUUUGCCACUUGCCUGUAGUUAGUUGCAUAUCAAAGAGUUGAACUGAAUCUCUUACAUUAUUCUUCCCCCUUUUUUUCUAAUUUUAUGCCCAAUUUAUUAAUCUUUCUCCAAACUAUUUUUUUAAAAUGGUAGUCCAAUUAUUUUACUAUUAUGGUAGUUUUAAGAAUACAUUUAUAACCUUAUAUGGUUUAAAAUCCAAACAAAUUCCAUGGUGCUAGAGAUUUUUCUGGUUCACAUUGUCAAAACGGGCCUUGUUUACACAUGAGUAAAAAACCAGCAUAGAUAUUGCCAAACAUCUAUUCUGGAAUGAUUUUUAGACUACAGAGUAGUUAAACUAGUGUAUCACGGCCUGGACCCAGCCACUUGGACUAGUUGCUCUAUUCCUUGACUCCACCUCUGUUGAUAAGGCCGUUGGCUUGAGGCACAGCCAGCCUCUGCUGACCAAUGCAACCAAGUGCCAAGUGCUAGAAGCUACUACAGCAACUUUGUGACCAGGAUGGGGACAGAGAAAGUCUCUACUUGACAUCUAGCACCGCCAAGAUUGGAUUUUUCCCAUUUCAGCUAUUCUUAAAUGACAGUCUAUACUGGACACUCACUGCAAUACCAGGAGAGCUUGUCCAUCCAGAGGAUUACUUAAAACAGCUUUAACUGAAUAACCUACUUUGCAGUAGCUGUGCUGGUUGACUUCCCCCCCUUCUCCUCCUGUGCAGACAAGGCCCAAACUGAGGCUGAAUACUGCAAAAUGGGCAGUUGUGCCUCUCCGUGACUAAGGUGAGUAUAGAGUGACUGACGAAUCAACCAUGGCAAACAAAUAAGCACCAAUCAGAGUCAGAUUUUCUUUUUAUUAAGAGGAGGUGAUGUCACUUUCUUUAUAUAUUAUAUAUAUAUAUUAUAUAUAUUUUUCUGUUGUUGGUGGUUUCAAAUGUUAUGCACUUUUUAAUGUUUGUAAACUUUUACUAAUUAAUGGUGUGAUUGCUUCCUAAGUAGAUUGAUCAUCAGUUAACAAAACAUCUUUAUGGCCACAGCUGUUUCUACCAUAUGUMUCAUAGUACUUGUCACUUGGAAUUCUUUUGUGAGACGUGUUUAAAAAAAGGAGAGAAAAACAAGCAAACCUCUGAUCAGUAUUAUGAGCUCAUUUAUUCGUGUUAAUAAAAACCAGCAGUAUGCUUGUGGUUCAUUAGUGUAAUAGUAACUCUUUCACCUGUUAUUGUUUGAAAAUUAAAAGCCUUGCUGUCAUACUGGCUGACAAAUGCCCCAUCUUCCUGAAGUAGUUUCUUUGC